GAUUUUUCUAACUUCUGAAAAUGGCAGCUCCGGAUUUGCCAACAGAAUACGACGAAAUUGUGCUUGGAACAGGAUUGCAGGAGAGUAUCCUUGCUGCUGCACUUGCCAGGAUUGGUCAUCGUGUGCUUCAUCUCGACAGAAAUGAUUACUACAGUGGGAGCUGGGCGACCUUCCAUCUUCGUAGUCUGCUGGACUGGAUUGAUAGAAACAAAGCUCUGCAGGAAUCCGAUGGGACUGCAAAUUCAUCCAAUGACCAGACGACGACUUCAGAAUCUGAUGUUUCCAGUCAGCUGAGGGAGGGAGAAUGCUUCUUGGAUCUUCCACAAGAUGUCCGUACAGUUACAGAUCUCGAUGUCACCUGUUAUGUCAGAGAUGGAGUGGAAUUGCCAAGUCUGGAGAGAGUGAUCGUACCCCCUCGUGUGUUGGAUGAAGACCAGGUGCCUGAGGCUCAAGGUGCUGAGGGGCAAAACGCUCCUCAGAUUGCUCCUGAAUCCCCCAGUACAUCAAACCAAGACGAACUCCAAGCAGAGGGUGGGGAGCAGGCUGCAACCAAUCAGAAUCAAGAAUCAUCUCAGGUGACACCAGCUGACCAAUCAGGUUCUGCAGAGGGAGCAGCAGGUGGAUUGGUACCACCAGGCCAGGACGAAGGUCAAAGUGCAGAACAAGGUCAGAGGUCAAAUGAGGCAGCUUCUGGGGCUGUCUCUGGGCAAGGGGCAGCUGAACAAGAGCCAGGGUCACUAGGACAGGAAGCUGAAGGUCAAGGGUCAGGAGAUCAAAGGUCACCGGCUGAAGUACAAAGAGUAGCAGCAAGUAACAGAACAGAAUGGACGUGGGCAAAGAUAGACCAGAUGUGGAGGAAAUUUAACAUUGACCUGGCUCCGAAGUUGAUGUUUUGUCGUGGUUCGAUGGUGGAGCUAUUGGUGACGUCUCGUAUAAGUCGCUACGCUGAGUUCAAGGCUGUUAGUAGAAUACUCACUGUCAUUGAUGACAAGCUGGAACAAGUUCCCUGCUCUCGUGCGGAUGUGUUCAGCAGCAAGUACGUGAGUGUGUUGGAGAAGCGCAUGUUGAUGCGUGUGAUUGAAUUCAGUAUGAAUUACCAGGACAGACUGGAUGAAUACGAAGAAUAUCGUGAGCGUCCUUUUGAAGAAUUCCUGAAAUCGAGGAAGCUGACCCCGACACUUCAGCAUUUUGUGAUGCAUUCUAUCGCCAUGGUGAAUGCAAACACGCCAACAGAGGAGGCUCUCAAGGCAACGCAAAUCUUCCUGCGAUCACUAGGUCGCUAUGGCAACACAGCGUUCCUCUGGACUCUUUACGGCAGCGGUGAACUCCCCCAGUGCUUCUGCAGGCUCUGCGCUGUUUUUGCUGGAAUCUACAUGCUAAGAACAAAUGUAAAGAAACUCAUCAUCGACGACAAUAAUCUGUGCAAGGGUGCAAUAGACUCUGAUGGUAGGAGACUAACUUGCAACAAUUUGAUUAUGGAGACUAGUUACGCACCGCCACAGGCCGUAAAUAUAGGAUCCGGGACUAUUUCCAGAGGUAUACUUCUAACAGACAGACCACUCAAGAACUCGGACAAUGAAGAGAUAACUUUAUUAACUGUGCCUCCAACCUCGGAACAGAACAGUCCAAUCCGUGUUCUCGAGCUUGGACAUGGAUCGUGUGCCUGCCCAAGAGACAUGUUUGUUGUCCACUUGACGUCUACCGGGACAGGUCAAGCCAAGAAUGACCUCCAGUAUGCUUUGGAGAAGCUUUUCCAACCACUUAAUAAAGAGGAUUCUGACUCGGAGAGUGUCAAACCCAAAGUGUUAUGGUCGUUAUUCUUCAGUCAGGUUGACACCUCGGUUUGUGACGACGAAGCACUAGCUGCUGGACUUCCUAGCAACGUGCUUGUUACUGCCGGCCCAGGGACAGCUGUAGGAUUCGAACACGCUGUUGCACAGGCGAAGAGACUCUUUGAGAAAAUCUGUCCAGGAGAAGACUUUCUACCGGCUGCUCCUGAACCUGAAGACAUCGUAUUUGAAGAUCAUUCUAAAGACAACCCUGGGGAACAUAAAGAGGUUGGGUUUGAGGCAAAUCCCUCCUCCAAUGAUGAUGCUAAGAAACCAGAAGCAGUUGAGACUGAGACUGAGGAGGGGUGCUCCUCUAAGAUGCAAGAGCAAGACAAGGAUGAGAAACAAGAUGCCACACCCUCGGAAGAAGCCACACCCUCUGAAGAUGCGUCAAAGCUCUCCGAGAACCAGGACAGACCGGGAGACAACGCCAUUUCAGAUUCGUAAGGAGGUAAAGACCUCAAGAGGUCAAGCUUCAUCCAGGUUUUCCAAAUUUUUUUUUUUUUAUCAACCAAAGAUUAUUUUCUUUUGUCCACAAUUAUUUGUUUACAUUUUUUAUACUUUUGAAUUGGAUUGGUGAUGGUCACCUUCAACUCUUUGAAUUGAUAACUCAAACUGUAUAUAUUUUUUAUUUACGCCACUCGGACAAAAUAGCUAAUUUAAUUCUUUGCUGAAAAUCGCAACUAUUUUGCAACAUCGCAAUUAAUCAAAAACAAAUUUAUUCCGUUGAACAGCUUUAUUUGUCCCAGGUUGCGAAGGGGCAAAUGAAACUGACUCCAGAAAUGAUGUGCAAUAAACUUGAAAUCAACUCUGCUUAAAGUAACAUAAUCUUGCCUUUUGACGAUGAACAUUGGGCUGACCAAUGCAAUGAUCCCAAAAGGUUUCAGCCGAUUUUAAACUUUUGAAGACUUUUAAGCAAAAGCAAGCCUAUGGGGCUGAUAGGCACUAUUUCAACCAAUAUGCAAAACUCUUUCAUUAACAACUUUUUUUUUGUACAGCUUUAUAAUAAUUUGGGGGGCUAAUCGUUCUUACUCACAGCUA